AAGUCAUUUUCUUCAUUACGUUACGUCUGAGACGCAUGCGCAACCCAUGCCGUUUGCUCAUAUAAUCGGAGCCACAUUCUGUUACGCUCCCAUUCUCUCUCGCAACCGUCGUCGCUUCGGUCUCAUGGCUUCCGCCGCCGUCGACCACGCCAAGCACGGCUUCUCUCGCCCGGAGAUGUACAAGGAGAGCCUCGCCGGCACCGUCGACGCCUACGAACGCCACCUCUUCCUCUGCUACAAGAGCCACCACGCCUGGCCGCCGCGCGUCGAGGCCUCCGACGCCGAUCCCCUCCCCAAGCGCUUCGCCGGCGUCUGGAAAGCUCGCAAGAACGACGUCGCCGUCAAGACGAAAAUCACGGUGUGCGAGGCGCGUGAGGAGGCCGGUUUCUCCGACGGAGACGUGUUGAUUUUCCCUGACAUGAUCAAAUACAGGGGUUUGGAGGAAUCAACUGUUGAGGGCUUUUUUGAUGAUGUAAUAGUGAGUGGUAAAGAGUGGAGUGGUGGAGAGCAGGGCCUGUUGAGGGGUUCGCAUAUAUUUGUUUGUGCUCACGGAAGUCGCGACGUGCGGUGCGGUGUUUGUGGGCCGGUUCUCAUGGAGAAGCUCAAUGAAGAGAUUCAGCUACGGGGAUUGAAGGAUGAGAUAUCGGUUGUGGCGUGUUCUCAUGUUGGUGGCCAUAAGUAUGCUGGGAAUGUAAUCAUAUUCUGUCCAGGACCAGAUGGAAAAAUUAUCGGUCAAUGGUAUGGCUAUGUUACUCCGGAUGACGUUCCUGCGUUGUUGGACCGACAAAUUGCCAAGGGAGAGGUCAUACAAAAACUAUGGAGGGGUCAAAUGGGGCAACCUGUUGCGGAAAUUAAGGGAGUAGAUGACUAUAAACUUGCUAACGGAGAUGAUAAUAGCAAAGCCAAUCCGAGCAACAAUGAAAAUGUGGCAGGAUGCUGUCAGGGUGUUAAUGGGAUUUCUUGCUGCAGAAGUGAAGGGAUUGAUAAAACCGCUGAGGCAUAUAAAAAACAGGGGAGCAAUACAAGUUGGUAUUGGCCUAUAUUACAGAAACGUGAUAUUCUUACGGCUGGUGGUAUACUAGGAGCUUUGGCAGCUGUUGCUGUAGCUUACAGAGUUUACAAAAGGUCAGGCUGAAAUGGGCUUUAUUCUUAAAUAGAAGAUGUAGUGAUGAAAACUUCACCCUUUUUAUGAUUGUGUUGUAUUUGUUUCUUUACGUCACUGGUUUUCUAGUAAGUUCAAAGUUUCGGGUUUUUGUUUUUAAAUUUUUAUUACUAUAUAUAUAUAUAUAUAUAUAUAUUUCCAUAUUGUGUUCAUUAGAAAGAAAAGGCACCCAUUGAAUCUGAAUCAAACACUGGCCAUGGGAAGUUUUGUAAUAUCAUGCUGUGUUGGUUGAUAUAAAUUUAUGUUCGUCAUAA